GCUGCAGUCAUCAGCGGUGCUCAACUUGGCUUGGGCAUUCUCACAACAAUUUUAAACACCCUUGGUAGCAUAAGCCGCAAGGUCGCUAUUGGUGUUGAUAACGAAAGUGGAUAUAAAUGGAGAGCAGUCAACAUAUAUUUUUAUUCAGGGACGUCAGAUCGUGUUUUGCCUCGUGAUGUUUCUUCGGGUAAAAUUAAUAUUAAUAACAUAAAAGUUUAAGAUCCUUUCUUUUAGUAAUGACACUGAGUCCCGUAUGCAGGAUGGUGUCAUUAGCUUGUUUGUUUUAUUUUCCCAACGUUCUUCGGGGAAUUUGUCUUUUAUAUAAUUAUGCAUACAUCCUGACAUGUGGGUGCAUGUGCAAAAGACGACAUUGAAAGAAACAGUUCUCUGGGGUACCAUCACUGGGUCUGAAAUGGGAAAACAAAACAUGCAAGCUAAAAAGGUCUGAUCUAUUACUAUAGAAUCCAUUAUGGUUUUCUUGUCAUAUUUUAAUUUUCUAGUUAAUCUCUGCGAAGAGUUUAACCUGCAAUCGGGCGGUCCUUCUUUCCUUUUUGUUUUGGGGGCCUGAUCGCAGGUUAUGCGAGGUUUGAAAAAUAAAAGCCAUCGUUUGUCCAAGAAAGCAAAACCCUGAGUGAUUCUCGGGUAGUAGUAGUAGUAGUUAAAUGAGCUCAUCGUGCAAAGGGCCUAUUACUGUAGGAAACCAAGGGCGAACUCAGCGACCACUUACCCUAAAGAGUAAAGAAACUGUAUCAGAGGAUUUGCCCAUUCUUGAAAUUUGGCUGACAACAGGUUUAUGUUUUGCUUUGUCAGAACGGCAAAAUGACUUGAAGGGUUGAAAGAGCUUCUUAAACCAACUGAAAAGUAGUAUUCUGAGUGUGUGAUGCUCAGAAUGAGCAUCCCUUUGCGUGUAAUAUUUGGGGAAAAGAUAAGCAAUCACUAACCUGACACAAAUAAAAUUUCUGGGUGCCAAUAAAGGAGGACAUUUUAAUGAUCUGACACAUUCUUCGUGAAUUUUUUUUUGGGUACAUGCCUCUAUUCUGUGAUGCUUGUUUGCCAUGGAUUAUUGUGACGAAUGAUCAUGUUUAUGAUUUUUGUUUAAAUUGCUAAUUUGUUUGCUUAUUUCCAGGCUCAGCUUUGCUUUACGGCGCACGAAAAACUGCAGGGCCCGUUGCGAGAGGUGCAGUAGGAGGCACUAACAUACUACAUCCCAGACAUCGAUAA